UUGCAGCGGCAAGUUGAUGACUUAAGGAAAAUGUUGGAAAAUACGAUGAAUAUAUUCCAAACGUAUGUAGACAUUAAUCGUCAACAAAACGCUACAUCAAACGUCCAACAUGUAGGUAAUAUGCAACGUCAACAUGUCAAUACAAUUUCUAACGAAUACCCAAACUCACGUCAAAAUGCAAAUUAUUCUGUUCGAGAAAUUGCCGAAACAAUUCCAGAAUUUGACCCAACGAACGAAUUGUCAUUAUCUGUUGAACAAUUUGUGGAACGUGUAGAUAGUGCAAUACAGGCAUAUCGAUGGGAAGAAAAGUGUUUACUUCUUGCGGUGUACAGUAAAAUGAAAGGCGCCGCACGAUUAUGGUUAGAUUCUCUUCAAGUUCUGCAUUCCAAAUGGAAUGAUUUUUCCAGAGAGUUAAUAAAAGAAUUUGCAGCGUCACAAGAUGAAGCAGAAAUUCAUUUUAAAAUGAUAAGUGCCGUUCGGAAAAGUGAUGAAAAAGUAACGGAUUAUUGUUUUAGAAUUUGCGCGCUUGGUAAACGACACAAGUUGAGUGAAAAAGCAAUCGUUAAAUAUAUUCGGGAAGGACUACAGAAUCGCGAAAUUCAAGUUGCUAUCGCUGCUCAUAAAAUCGAUUCGGUUAAACAAUUACGGGAAAUUUUAAGUGAGUACGAAAGAAAUGUGUCGGAUAAACGUAUAUUAAAAACAAAUGAUACCAAAAAUAAAAGUGCAACCGGUGCAAUACCUAAAAACAUUAAUAGUGACAAUCCGAAAAAAGAAUACACAAACAAAUCAGGAAAAGAAAUUAAGUGUUAUAACUGUAAUGAAAUAGGUCACAUUUCUACAAAUUGUCCAAAACCUCAAAAGCGUCAUCGUUGUGAAAAAUGUCAUAAAGUUCACGCGAAAAAUGAAACUGAAUGUAAGCAGAAUGUCGCAAUAAGAAAUAUGUUUUGUUAUGGCGAUGAUAUUUUCAAAAUAAAUGUGAAGAUAAAUGGUAACACAUUAAGUGCUUUCGUUGACACCGGAAGUCAGUGUAGUUUAAUAAAAAGAUCUGUUUGUGAACAAAUAAUCUCGGAACGAAUUGUGUGCAGUAUGCGAAUCUCUGGUAUCUGUGGUGGUAUUCGCGUAGCCAACGAAAAAGUUGUUCUCAAUUUGAUAAUAAAUAAUAUUGAAAUACUUGUCACCUUAUAUGUAAUCGAUGAUGAACUUUUAUUAACGGAUGUUUUGCUGGGACAAGACAUUUUCGCAAGCGGUAAUAUAACUUUGUCGGUUGUAAACGGAAAAAUGAUAAUUGAAAAUAAAUUUUAUGCACAAAUAAAAACUGUUAAUAAUAUUAAUAAAAAUGUUAAAGACGGAAAAAACGAAUUUGAAAGUUUUGAAAUUGAUAAACAGUGUAUAAAAUGUGAUUUAGAUGAUGAAGAUACAAAAGCGAAAUUAAACGAAGUAAUUAUAGAAAAUAAAAGCGUGUUUUCAAAUACAUUACAAAAUCUCGGUAAAACGGAUUUAGUUGAAAUGAAAAUAAAUUUAAUAAAUUCUAAAAUUGUGUCACAAGCUCCGUAUCGUGUUCCAGAACCAAAGAAGAGACAAUUAGAAAUAUGGUCCAAGAACUUUUAG